UCGGUGUAUAACCUGGCCAACGUGGCGUGUAAGUGUCACGGCGUGUCCGGUUCCUGUAGUCUGAAGACGUGCUGGCUCCAGCUGGCAGACUUCCGCCGCGUCGGAGAGUUUCUGAAGGAGAAGUACGACAGCGCCGCCGCCAUGCGCAUCGGACGCAAAGGAAAACUGGAGCAGGUCGAUAAACGCUUCAACGUCCCCACCCCGGAGGAUCUGGUCUACACCGACCAGAGCCCAGACUACUGUCUGAAGAACGACACCACCGGCUCCAUGGGAACCCUGGGGAGACUCUGUAACAAGACGUCAGAGGGGAUGGAUGGCUGUGAACUCAUGUGCUGCGGGAGAGGAUACGAUCAGUUCAAGACCUAUAAGCAUGAGAGAUGUCACUGCAAGUUUCACUGGUGUUGUUAUGUCAAGUGUAAGAGGUGCACUUCACUGGUGGAUCAGUUUGUCUGUAAGUAGGGAAGGAAGGGA